AGCACAUUCACUAUAAGUGUUUCUCUCCUCUCUAUUUCCUAACUCAAUUCCCUUAUAUACAAACACUAAUUUGAUUUUUUUUUCCUCUCAAGAAUCAUAAAAUAACCCCAAAAUUUUGUUAGUUUUCUUGUCUUAAAACCUAAAAAAAAAAGCAAAUUGAGAUGGGAUUAAGGAUGUCAGAAUCAGCUAAACCUUAUUUUGCAAUGGUCUGUCUUCAGUUCGGUUACGCCGGUAUGAACCUUGUCACUAAGACCGUCCUUGACCGCGGUAUGAGUCAUUACGUUCUUGUUGCGUACCGCAACGCUUUUGCCACAGCCGCUAUCGCACCUUUCGCAUUUCUCUCCGAAAGGAAAGUGAGGUCAAAGAUGACGUUUCCAAUAUUCAUGCACAUAUUUGUUCUUGCUCUUCUCGGGCCUGUGAUAGAUCAGAACUUAUAUUACAUAGGUCUGAAACUCACAUCUCCUACGUUUUCCUCCGCCGUCAGCAACAUCGUCCCCGCAAUUACCUUUAUUCUCGCCACUCUUUUCAGGAUGGAGAAAGUGGAGAUGAGAAAAGUAAGAUGCCAAGUAAAAGUGGUGGGGACUAUAGUGACAGUGGUUGGAUCCAUUUUGAUGAUAUUCUUCAAAGGUCCUUUCAUAAAUUUCUUCCAAUCUCACCUCGCCACCACCGCCGCCUCUUCGCCGCUGGCCGGUGAUUAUCUUAAAGCCACCGUCUUCCUCCUCCUCGCCUCCCUCUCAUGGGCUUCGUUCUUCGUUCUUCAGGCAUCGACUCUGAAGAAAUACUCAGCACAUCUCUCGUUAUCAAGCAUGGUGUGUUUCAUGGGAACGUUACAAUCCUUAGCCCUGACCUUCGUAAUGGAGCACAAUCCUUCUGCUUUGAACAUCGGUUUUGACAUGAACCUUCUCGCUUCUGCCUACGCGGGAAUAAUGUCGUCGAGCAUAGCUUACUACGUUCAAGGACUUAUGAUGCAGCGAAAGGGUCCUCUCUUUGUCACUGCUUUUAACCCUCUUGUCGUCGUCAUUGUCUCCAUAAUGAGCUUCUUUGUUCUCGGCCAAGGAAUCUACCUUGGAGGGGUUAUUGGAGUGGUUGUUUUGACGGUGGGAGUCUACGCCGUGUUAUGGGGCAACCACGUAGAUGAUGACGGCCAAGAAACACGCCCUGAAGAUAACGUUUUAGAAGCCGUUAAGUGUUGUAGUGGCAAUAAUGGUCUCUCGAUAAUGCCGAGAAUCGACGAAGCUGAUGAGGAUGUUGAAACCGGGAAAGUUACGGCGACGGAGAAGGAACCAUCGGUGGUGGUUGUGGUUUUUUGUACUGAAAAUGUGGAUAACGUUUCACGAUGCUAAUUAGAAUGUUUUUUUGUGUUUGAGGCAAAAAUUGGGGAGAAGAGUAAGUUCUUUUUUGAUACUUGUACGUUUGAAUUCUUUCCCCUGCUUCAAAAGUUUUAUUUAUAGUUUUGAUUUCUUAGUGUAACUAAGGAUUCGAUGUACAAUCGAUUUUGAUCGUUUAACUAGCUAUGAACCUGUGUAAAUCGCCGCAUUUGGUAUUAAUAUGCAACUGCUACA